GCCUGUUUACGCAACCCCAAACCCCUAGUCUCCUCCCGUUUUUUUUUUAGAUCCCGUGAUUCCCUGCUUUGCAUCAUAUUCCCCUUCUCUGUUCUGCGUCCACGAAAAUGGAGGAGUCGCCGAUCAGCCGUCUCCCCGAAGACACUCUCCAUCAGAUCUUCUCUUCCCUCUCGCUUCGCGAAAUCAUGAUAUGCCGCUCCGUUUGCAAGCUCUUUAACCAAACCCUAACCUCACCGUCUUUCGUGCAUCUCAUCUCCAGCCGAUCCCAUCUCAACCUCCUCGGUCUCCGUCCCCCACACCACCACCAUAAUCAUCACAUCCGCCACACGUCACUCCAUUCCUGCAUCCACGUCUACGAUCCCGAUCAGAACCAAUGGCUUCGAUUCAGCCUCGAUUUUCUUCCCUUCCGAUCUCAUCACCCCGUCGCGUCUUCGCUCGGUCUGGUUUACCUCUGGGCUGAUUCACCAGACUCCAACAAGUCGCUCAUCGUGUGUAACCCCUUGACUCGUCAAUACAGAGUCCUCCCUCAGCUCGGCUCGGCUUGGUCACGCCAUGGCUCGGUGCUAGUUGACUCAAGGAACCGAGUCAUGGUCUUAACGGAACUCGCUGCUCUUUACUUCUCUUUUUCUCAGAAAACCCAGCAAUGGCUCAAAUUCUCUUCGAAUUUGCCUUCGAAACCUAGAAGCCCCAUCGUGAUUUCCAACUCCGUUUUCGCCCUAUGCGACGUGGGAUCGCCGUGGAGAAGUAAGUGGAAAUUAUUCUCUUGCGCUGUCAAAAACUUGUUAAAUUUAAAUUUAAAUGUGAUGAACAAUAACUGGGAAUGUUUAGAAAGGCAUGAAUGGGGGGAUAUUUUUGAUAUAAUGAAAAGACCGUGUUUAGUACCUGGAAACGGGAACAAGAUCUUGAUGAUUGGAGGUUUAAAAUCGAGUUAUUCCUUUAACCAAUCUUGUUUAACGAUUUUGAUAUUGAGAUUGGAUCUGGAAACAAUGGAGUGGGAAGAGGCAACAAGGAUGCCGGAGGCAAUGCACCGGUGGUUUUAUGAUAGUAAAUUUAAGGUGUUUGGAGGAGGGGAUAGGGUUUGCUUUUCCGGGAAGAAAGUUGGGAAGCUGGCUCUUUGGGAUUGCUGCAACUGGCGGUGGAUUGAUGGGGUGCCCGGAAAUGGUGAUGAGCUUUUCCGGGGAUUUACUUAUGAAGCUCGGCUUACUACAGUUCCUUAAAUUGAUGCUCAGCAUGUUCUUACAUUGUUUACCUCUUUGAUUCGUUUCUGUAUUUCGUUUGAAUCACUGUGAAUGGCAAUGGAUUGAGAGAGGGUGCCUCAUGCCUGGAAACGGUGGCAAGCUUUUCUGGGGAAUUACUGUUUGAGCUCGGUUACUGUGGUUCCUCAAAUAUGCACGGGUACUGCAAAAACACUGUAACCUGUUUUCCAGACCUAAGAGAUUCAAGAGCCAAAAGUGGGAAUUAUGUUCAAUUUGUUCUUAGACAAUGCAACUUGUCAAUUAUGAUCAAAACAAAAUCCCUAGAAUUUUACAUUUCUUCUAUUACUAUUUUCAAUGCUUGAUUAAGACCUUGAGUGUUUUUUAUCUGAAACUAAUGGAAGAAGCGAGUCUUACAAGAUCACUGUAUGAGCCAUUGCCAACACUAAUGGCUUUCAUCGCCAUUUACUAAUCUGUGCGUUAGUUAGAUAGUGCAAUUGCUAAGAAGAACAUAGCUAAGUGUAUAUUGGAACGUUUUGUGAUUUAUGGUUGUUUUGGAAUCAAAAGUAUGAAGUCAUAGUUCCUUUUGAUGUUGUAGUUUUUUCAAGGAUGUAUUAUAAGGGCUCCUGCUGUAGAGAUCUGAAUUAGUUCGAAUGGUGCUUUAGAUAUA